CUGUUUCUCUGGACCGAGCUGAUCUGCAUCUUAAUGAUUGACCGCCUCCUUCUCAACCUGAACCCCCCGCCUCCUUGCUGACCUUUGACCUCACUGUUUGUUCUGCACCAGCAUUAUGGACCUCAGACUUUUUGGAGGAACUUUCUGCAGCAUCCCUGACACCUAAACGCCCCACUGUCUGCAUCCGUCAGCCCAGCUCUGGCUCACCAGGACUGUCAUCGAACCGCCGUCCACUUCCCGUUGCGACCUCAGCGAGCCGACGGCCUCCACCAUGUCGGAGGGGCUGCUGCAGGUGGAGAUCCCCGACUUCGGCAGCAGCGUGCUGGGCAGCCUGAACGAGCAGCGGCUGCUGGGUCACUACUGCGACGUCUCCAUCCUGGUGCAGGGUCAGGCCUUCAAGGCGCACCGGGCUGUCCUUGCCGCCUCCUCACUCUACUUCAGAGACCUGUUCAGCUCUGCGGCCGACUCCGCCUCCUCUUCCUCCGACUCCUCCUCCCAGGCGGUGUUCGAGCUCCCGUCCUCAGUGACGCCGACGUGUUUCCAGCAGAUUCUGUCCUUCUGCUACACGGGACGCCUCAGCAUGGCGGCCAGCGAGCAGCUGGUGCUCAUGUACACCGCCGGGUACCUGCAGAUCCAGAACAUCGUGGAGCGCGGCAUGGAGCUGAUGAUGAUGAAGGCUUCCUCUGCCUCCUCACCGCUCUGCUGUGACUCACAGACAACCUCAGCAGACGAGCUCGGGGGCUUUGACACCCAGACAGCCCAGCAGCAGCAGCAGCAUGGCGCCCCCCAGCUGCAGGAAGUGAGUCCAGACCAGCCGGCAUUGAGCCCGAGGAGCUGCUGCUUGCCGUCAGCAGGAUCAAACAGGAGCGAGCCGACACGCCUCCUGCAGAGGAGGCCGGAGGAGCAGCAGGAACAGGAGGAGGAGGAGAGGAGACCAGUCUGCGUGGAUGACUGCAGGAAAUCUUCAGGGAGAAUUCCCACACAUGCUUUCCAGGUCUCUCUCACCUCGGAUGGGACGACUUCCUGUGCUGCUGAACUGAGCUGUGGAUCCAACACUUCGCUAGUGGACAUUGCAGCAGAGCUCCAGUCCUCCAGGAGCACGGCUUUGUGUUACCUGGGUGCAGGUGGAGGGCUGGUUCCGGGUCUGCAGUCCUAUCUGCUGGCAGGCGGGGGUCGCUCCAGUCCAGGAGGAUCCAGUCUCCCCACAGACUCUCCCCCAUCCCACCCACCCACCGAGGAAGAGCUGGAGGAAGAUUACUACGGCAACGCUGUACACCCCGGACUCUAUCAGCACAUCUAUGGACACCCCGGAAACCCCUACAUCCAAGAGAAGAUGGAGAUGCUCCCCCUCCCAUUGGCUAAUGAGCGUCGGCCCUGCGUGCUGGUUGGUCGGGACAACAUGGCACUUCCCGCCAGUUUGAUCAGUCAGAUCGGGUAUCGGUGCCACCCGUCACUCUACACCGAGGGAGACCCAGGAGAGAAGGUGGAACUGGUGGCAGGUUCAGGUGUGUUCAUGACCCGAGGUCAGCUGAUGAACUGUCACCUGUGUGCUGGAGUCAAACAUAAGGUGCUGCUCAGGAGGCUGUUAGCAACCUUCUUUGACAGAAACACGCUGGCCAAUAGCUGUGGGACAGGGAUCCGCUCCUCCACCAAUGAUCCGAGCCGGAAGCCCCUGGACAACCGAGUGUUAAACACUGUCAAACUGUACUGUCAGAACUUUGCUCCUAACUUUAAGGAGAGCGAGAUGAACGUCAUUGCAGCCGACAUGUGCACCAACGCCCGCAGAGUCCGCAAACGUUGGCUCCCAAAGAUCCAGUCUCUCCUCCCCGAGGGCCUCCCAGCCUCUGCAACCUCCCACCCCCGUAAGGGUAAGAAAGGAGGAGCAGUUGGAGGAGGUGGGAGUCAGGGGCAGAGUCGGCGGCACAGUCCAGUGGAAGCCACUUUGAGCUGGACCUGCGGCAGCUCAGCGCAUCCUACCUCGGCCUGGAGGCCCCGCUGUAUGCUGAGCGGCGCGAGAGGGAGGCAGCAGGGGAGAGGGAGAAGGAGGCCCCGGCCACCCUCCUGCCUCACCUGCAGUUCGCUGGGUCCCGUGGAGGAGGAGGGGCCAGCGGGGGGCAAGUGGAGGAGGGGAUGAUGGGAGGUGAGGCGGAGGGGGACGGGAGGCUACAGACUGAACAACCACCAGACCUCCCCCUCUCCCUAUCCUCCUCCUCCUCCUCUUCCUCCUCAUCCUCCUCACACCCCUCCCCCCAGCCUGCGGAGCCCGCCCCUCCUCACAGGGCAUUGGCUGACACAGAUGAGCGAGGGGUGGAGCCUCUGGAAGACAGCCAAUAAGCUUUCUAAUGCAUCUGCCUACCUGUAUGUAAAUAACACAAUAGCUACCUGUCCCCCCACCCGUCUGUCUGUCUGUCUGUCCUCUCGUCUGUCUACCCGUGUGUUCCCCUACCUCACUACCUGUCCACCUGUCUACCUCUCUGCCCCGUCUGUCUGACUACCUGUCUGUCUGCUCGGCUCUGCUGCAUGCUAACAGCCUCCUGCAGUCCAGCACACAGGCCCAUGGCAACAGGACUGAUGAUGAUGAUGAUGACGAUGAUGAUUAUACUCACUCUGAUAACAACAAUAAAGCUUCUUGAUAAUCAGA